AUGGUCAUCAAUGUAGGAAUCGUCGGCUACGGAGCCUCUGCUAAAAGCUUCCAUAUCCCUUUCAUAGCCGCCAUCCCAGAGUACAAGAUUGUAGCAGUUUUACAGAGAGCAGAGGCUCCAGUGGACGUCUCAUCCGCCGUCCCAGGCUCUCACUGCACUGCCGACUUACCUGGUAUUCGACACUACCGCGCACCAGAUGAGUUCUUUGCAGACCCGGAUACGGCGCUUGUCGUCGUAGCUACGCACAUCGAUACCCACGCGCUAUUCGCUGAGAAGGCGCUGUUGGCGGGGAAGCAUGUCAUCGUCGACAAGCCAUUCGCACGGUCCACUGCCGAAGCAGAUAAGGUUAUCCAACUAGCGAAAGAGAAAGGUCUAGUCCUAACUUGCUUCCAAAACCGUAGAUGGGAUGGCGACUUCCAAACCCUCCGAAAGAUUUUAUCCCAAAAUGCUCUGGGCAAAAUCGCAGAAGCAGAAAUCCACUACGACUUCGAGUCCCCCUUCUGGAUUAAAUACAUGACGAAGACAAAAUAUGCUCCUGGGGAGGGCCACUCAUUUGGUCUUGGUUCCCACAGCCUCGACCAAGCAUACACGCUUUUCGGCCGCCCAAAAUCCAUAACAGCCUUCUACCGUAGCCAGCGCGGCCUCGAGAGCGAAAUCGAGGAUUCAUUUACCGUCAUCCUGCAGUAUGAAGGAAACCAGAAGAACCUCCUUGUCACAGUGAAGAGCGCCAUCACGACACCACUGGCGAAGCAACUUAAACUUUUUGUUCGUGGGAGCGAGGGAUCGUUUGUUAAGUGGCAACAACGCAGUACAUGUCCACAAGAAGAACAGAUCGCACGAGGGGCAAAGCCCACAGAUCCCGGGUUCGGCGAGGAGCCUGAGACGUUACGCGGUGUGUUAACGACAUAUAAGGAAUUCGACCCCAGUGUUCAGUCUUAUGACACCGAGACGGAAAAAUACACGGGUUUAUAUCCGACGGUUACGGGUCGGUGGACUGGGCUAUAUGAGAACGUGGCGGACGCGAUAUGCGGUAGGAAGGAGUUGGAAGUUAGACCUGAGCAGGUCAGGGACGUGCUUAGGAUUAUUGAGCUUGCAAGGAUUUCGCAUGAGAGAGGGGCUACAGUUAUUUGGAGUGAUGGUGAUUGA